CCGAGGCUUCCUCAAAGGUCGGGGCACAUGUUUUUCGGCACAUCCCUGUUGCCUUUGCAGCAAAUGUUUUUUAGCCGGCUUUCCACAAAGUUGACCAAAAACUUCGGUCCUCUUUUUACGGCUUACUCAAGACCGUUUUGUGCGAUGGUGGAUGCAAAGCUGGAGGCCGUGCCGGUAGUGGAUAUCGACGAAGGGAUCUUCAAGUACGUGCUGAUCAAGGUUUUCGCCAAAGAACAGCCGGACGGCACGGAGCCUAACAAACUGAUCGUCCGCGGAUUUAACCGGGCGCAAUGGCAUUCAGAUAUCUAUGACGAGGUGAGCGCCUCGUUGAUGGGAUUGGGUCUGGAAACCGAGUGUCUUGGAGGAGGGCGGAUCGAGAACCGGCCCGACCUGAAACAGAUCAAGGUUUACGGAUAUUCGCAGGGCUACGGAAAGGCUGAUCAUCUAGAGACGCGCCGGUUGCUGUUGACGAAGUACAAGGAUUUCAGCAUCAACUGUUCUGACGAAGGAUACUAGGGACAAGCAGGAUCGUGGGUUUUCAGGAAAAUAAAGGAGAGCCUGUUCGGAAAGUG